GUACGCAUCUCUCUGGAAAGGAUGCCUGACACUUUACACAGGACGAGGAGGAGAGCUGCAUAAAAUUGGGGAAUUCUGCAUGGUGUACUCAGAAGUGCCAAACUUCAGUGAGCCCAACUCGGAACACGUCGGGCAGAACAAACUGGCACAGGGUGAACAGAAUAAUAGUUCUGCAUCAAGUAAUAUGGGUUCUUGUACUUUCGGGCCACUGGGAAAUGGUUUACAAACUGGACCAGAAUCGAGUGGAUUUCCAUUUACGUAUAAUCAUGGCCACACUUACGUGGGUAGUGGGAGAGGCAGUGGACGAGGACCUGUAAAUCCAGCACCAGCUAAUAGCGUUCAGCCUCCUCUCCCUGCUGUCAGUAAUGGGAGGGACCCACGCAGAGCCUUUAAAAGAUGACUAUGCCAAACGUGGUUGUACAGCUUGCUUAAACUCUACACUGUACUUGAACACUUAUUGCACUUUUAUUUAUAGUUAACUGUGAACCAGUUUGUCCUUUAUUUUUUACCUUUUGGUCUGUGGAGCAAACUUGAUGUGAUCUAUUUCUUGUUCUGCUUAGGGAAGCACAGUGAGUCUUCCCCGUAAAUUAAGGGGGUAGGGCGAGAAGGUGGAUAUAAGAAAGCGAGGGUAAUGGGUUGAGGAGUCUCAAUUAAAACUCGGUACCCUUUGCUAAAUGGAAGAAAGUUUCAGUUACAUGUAUGUAUUUUUCUGUUUCUGUUGGUCAGCCAUAUAGCCUUAAAAGGUCUAUGUCCUGUGUGCACAUAUGCUGACUUUCAUCAGGGUUAAUGGGAGUUCUUCGUGCUGGAAGAGAAAU